AUGAUCCCUUUGCAAUGUUUUUCAUUCGCUGGAAACACGGAAAAUUCUGUUGUGGAUUUUACAAAUUUACUUGAAAAUCAUGAUGAUUGCAACGUAGAAAUUAUAGUUGGUGAAGAGCCAAACGUUAAAGCAUUCAAAGCACACAAGUUUAUCUUAACAGAUAGAUCAACUUAUUUUAAAAAUGCCUUGUCUCCACAAUGGGCAAGUGUAGAAAAUGGAAUUAUCAAAUUUAAAAAACCUAAUAUUUCACCUUCGAUAUUUGAAGUUCUUUUUAAAUACAUUUAUACAGGAGCAAUUUCCGUUGGAAACAAUAGUCUUGUCGAUAUUGCUAUUGCGAGUGAUGAGCUUCAAUUACUUGAAGUCUAUCAAUAUCUUGAAGGAUGCUUGCUUGAGGAUGAAUCAGUUUGGAAUUCAAGAGACGUUAUCACAAUUCUUCAAUAUGAUAGCUUCGUCAAAUUGUAUAGUGCCGCAAUAAAAUUGGCUUGCAAAAAUCCAGAAGCUAUUUUUAAUUCAGAAUAUUUCAUUAGAAUGAAAGAAACUUAUCUCAUUAAUCUUUUGAAAUGUGAUUAUCUAGAGUUAGACGAGAUCGAAAUUUGGGAGUACCUAAUUCGAUGGGGAAUCGAAAAUACAAAUUCCAUUUUA